AACGACGAGCGUUUGGGGCUGUGCUGGCUGUCAGUCGCUGAUUAGUCCGCUCGCAGGCCAGACAUUCCGCUCCCCGAUAAAGAAAACUACCCCCCAGAGCUCGUCCACGAAAAUUGUUUUCAAAUAGAUAAGAAAUUGGCAUAAAUUUGAAGUUCAGUGCAGAAGACAUUUCAAUUGGUUCACGCAAAGCCAAGCAGCAACAUGCCUUCCGAUCAGGAUCCGACUCCAGAGCAGAUAAGCCAAGUCAAGACUAGCAUUCUGCAGAGACUGGAGAAAGAGCCACCAGCAGAACCAUUCCAUCCCAACGAUCUAAAGCGAAUUACGGACAGUGACCUUUGGAUCACCAAGCUUCUGCAGGUCUAUGACUUCGAUGUGGAGAAGUGCAUCACGAGGUUGUGGGACAACCUCGCGUGGCGGAAGAGCUUUGGAGUUUAUGACAUCACCGAGGCGAACCUUAAUCAGGAGUUUCUGAACGAUGGCUCCAUCUUUGUGCACAACAAGGAUAAGGACGGAAAACCCCUGCUGAUCCUCACCAUCAAGAAACACUCGAAGAGCCGCAAUCAGGAGGACCUCCUGCGCAUCCUUGUCUUCUGGAUUGAGCGACUGCAGCGGGAAAGUAACCUGGACAAGAUUACUAUAUUCAUGGACAUGACUGGCGCCGGUCUGAGCAACUUGGACCUGGGCUUCAUCAAGAGUAUCAUCGGAGUGUUCGAGACCAAGUAUCCCUAUGUGCCGAACUAUAUUCUGGUGCAUGAUUUGCCAUUUCUGCUAGAUGCUGCCUUUAAAUUGGUGAAGACCUUCUUGCCACCCGAAGCACUGAAGAUCCUCAAGGUGACCACCAAAAAGGAUAUCGAUCAGUAUGUGGACAAGGAUAACUGCCUGAAAAUCUGGGGUGGUAAUGAUGACUACGUUUACAAAUUCGCCUGAAACUUGCCCAACAACUUUGUAUUAUAGUGUAAAUAAUAAUACGAUAUUUAUUGACCAUA